AUGGAUUCCAUUAAUGUCGAUGUCACACAUUUGAAAAAGGGCGAAGUUUCCAUGGGAACGUCUAUCAUGGCCGUCACAUUCCAGGACGGUGUUAUCUUGGGUGCAGAUUCCAGAACAACAACAGGUACUUAUAUUGCCAACAGAGUCACCGAUAAACUCACUCAGAUCCAAGAUAAAAUAUGGUGUUGCCGGUCCGGAUCAGCUGCAGACACACAGGCGGUUGCGGACAUAGUGAAGUAUCACCUUGAUUUGUACAAAUCCACGAAUGGUAGAGCUCCAACUACGCAUUUAGCUGCCUCCAUUUUCCAGGAAAUAUGUUAUUCCAACAAAGAUGCAUUGAGUGCAGGUAUCAUCUGUGCAGGAUACGACGAGAAAAACGGUGGCGAAGUAUAUAAUAUCCCCAUUGGUGGUUCUUUGCAUAAACAGGACUAUAUUCUUGGUGGUUCUGGUUCGAUUUUCAUUUAUGGUUAUUGUAAGAAGAAUUACAAAAAGAACAUGACCAAAGAAGAGACUAUCAAAUUCAUCAAAAACUCCCUCUCGCAAGCUAUAAGAUGGGACGGUUCUUCCGGUGGUGUCAUCAGAAUGAUCAUAUUGACCAAGCAAGGAAUUGAAAGACUCAUAUUUUAUCCAGAAGAUUACGAGACUGAUGACCUUGUGCAGGACUGA